CGACACGUAUCAAUCUACGCUCGAGCAGACUCGAUAUCAAAGAGUUCGAAACGGUAUUUUGGAUAUACACUCGAAGGAGAUCUCCCACAUCAGAGUCAGCCAUGGUGAUAUGGCUGCGGAUGCACUCAACGACCGAGUUGCUAAACGAGUUGAGCCUUCUUGCACCCAUCUGCCUCGACUGCCAAAGCCCAGGAGAGGCGACACUGCCCCGAUAAGUCCACGUGCAAGUCAGCAUACACAUGCAGCAACAUGUAUGUCGAGUGUCCGCUAACACCCUGAUAGGACAUGUAUUUGCUAUGUCUAUCCCUGGUGACGAUGGCCUGGUAGUAUCCUCCCGCUGCGAUUACCAGCUUAAAGAUUUUCCACCACCAUUCGACGACACAGAUGAUUGUAAUUUCACUGCAGAUGAAGCCGGACCUCCCCGCAAACGGUUGCGAGGGUCUUCAAAAUCUCCAACAUUUGAUGGUAGCUCCGUGUUGAUCAGACACCUGGAGCCUAAUAGACCUGAUUUGGCCGUGAUUGAAACUGAUCAUUUCCCACGUGACCUGGAAGAGUUGCAGCCAUGCGUUGAUGGCGGGAAGUCACAUCCCCCAGAUCUGCAGAAUUCCGGACAUGAAGCUCGGUUCCUCCUAGAAGAGGAGCGAAAAUCACUACCGUCGUCAAGAAAAGGGAAUAGCUCCCACUCAAUUGUUGGGAGCGAAGGUGGAAAUGUUGCACGGGAGCAAGAUACCCCCUCGCCAUCAGCAGAGCAACCAAAUCUUAAAGAGAAUGAGCCCCACGUGGCUCGCAGUGACUCGUUACCUUGCCUAGCGCCACGGCAGGUCAGAAAACUGUCUGAUCCUGACCCGAGAUUGAUUAAACUUCUCACACGCCCUUCAUCUCCAAUAACAUCAUCGCCAAUAACAACAAAUCUACCUGAUCUCAAGGCCGUUUUAUCGGGAUUUAACAACAGGCCCGGCCAUCCUAGUGCAGAUUCUGACCACAUUUCUGAAGCACCGGCGCCUUCCUUGGAUCCUCUAAAAUCGGAGUUGUUGUUUCCUCAGUCAGGGCUCCUGGACGUCCAGGUUAUAGUUCGAGCCUGGACUACCUUGAGCAGGGAUGAAUUGAACGUGUAGGUAGAGGGAUACAGGUAAAUAUCAGUGCGGAACAGUUUCGAGUUAUGCUGUGUUCACAUGAUUAGUCAUUUAUGCGGGCACAAUCACGUGCAUUGUGGAUUCAAGUCUGACAUUUUUCCGUUUUUCACACCAAAUCCGCACCUAAACCCAGAUCGAGAAAAUCGCUCAAACCCCUUUAAUAGACUAAUCGGCUAUGUACAUGGCAUCGUUAAUUCCGUCGGUCCUCCCCAUCAUUUCUUGGGCACAUCCACAAAGUUGGGAAAGCAGUCCUGCAG